AUGAAGUAUAUCUUUGGAGAUUUUAGCCCCGAUGAGUUCAAUCAAUUCUUUGUGACGCCUCGCUCUUCAGUUGAGCUCCCUCCAUACAACGGGAAGGGUGUGUGUGGUACCCAGGCUGCAGAGGAACUACCUGAUGGACAAGAAUAUCAGAGAAUCGAGUUUGGGGUUAAUGAAGUGAUUGAUCCCAAGGACACCUUGCUGAGAGCCCCCAGCUACAGUAUUUCAAGCACGUUGAACCCUCAGGCCCCGGAAUUUAUUCUUGGUUGUACAACUUCCAGAAAGAGCCCUGAUGACUUAGACAAAGAUACAAACUACAGCUCCAGUGAGUGCCGGUACCCAGACUCCUCCUUUGCUCUGGACAGCAGCUCUCACACAGAGGCAGAAGUGUUGGAAAAUGAUGGUGGCUCUGGUGGGCUUGGACAAAGGGAACGGAAAAAGAAGAAAAAACGACCGCCUGGCUAUUACAGUUACUUGAAAGAUGGCAGCAAUGGGAGUAUUGCCACAGAAACCCUGGUCAAUGGCCACGCGCACCUAGCAGUCCCGGACAGUGUGAGCGUGGAGGACGCGGAAUUCAUGGGCGAUGUGCCCUCAUUGGUCACACCCAGGACUUGUAACAGCCCUGAGGACCCCCUGGAUUUCGUCAGUGACUCUCUGUCUGACGGGCCAUUCCCCCAAGCACUGGACAGUCAGGCCAGGACUGCAGGGCAGCCGGAGCUGUACCACCUGGCCGACUUUGAACAGGCCUGCCUCCCUGCAGAGGCCACCAGGGACAGCCUGUUACGGACAGCUGUGGCCCAGCCCUACACUGCUGCUGAUACUACUGAGAACCUUGGCAUUGCUAAUGGACAAAUACUUGAAUCCUCGGGGGAGGGCCCGUCUGCCAAUGGGGUAGAAUUGCACACGGUGGAGAGCAUGGACUCUGAGCCCACUCAGCCCCAGAAUGCUUCCUCCCCGACUGAGCCUACGACCUCGGCUGCAGGCUCCACUCCUGCCAGUCAGCCUGCUAAGUCAUGGGCCAGUCUCUUCCAUGAUUCCAAACCCUCCUCUUCUUUGCCCAUGGCUUUUGUGGAAACUAAGUAUUCCCCUCCUGCCUCGUCCCCCCUGGUCUCUGAAAAGCAGGUUGAAGUCAAAGAAGGGCUUGUUCCGGUUUCAGAGGAUCCCGUAGCCAUAAAGAUUGCAGAGUUACUGGAGACUGUCACCCUCUUACAUAAGCCAGUGUCGUUGCAACCCCGUGGACUGAUCAAUAAAGGAAACUGGUGCUACAUUAAUGCUACACUGCAGGCAUUGGUUGCUUGCCCUCCGAUGUAUCACCUGAUGAAGUUCAUUCCUGUGUAUUCCAAAGUGCAACGGCCUUGUACGUCCACACCUAUGAUAGACAGCUUUGUUCGGUUAAUGAAUGAGUUCACUAAUAUGCCAGUACCUCCAAAACCCAGACAAGGUCUUGGGGAUAAAAUUGUGAGGGAUCUCCGUCCUGGAGCUGCCUUUGAGCCCACGUAUAUUUAUAGACUCCUGACUGUUAUCAAGUCGAGCCUGUCUGAAAAGGGCCGACAGGAAGAUGCUGAGGAAUACUUAGGCUUCAUUCUCAAUGGGCUUCACGAGGAGAUGCUGAAUCUAAAGAAACUUGUCUCACCAAACAGCGAAAAACUAACUGUUUCCAAUGGACCCAGAAGCCCCCUGGUAAACGAAGACGAGCAGGAAGAACACGGCGAGGGAAGUGAGGAGGAAUGGGAACAAGUGGGCCCCAGAAAUAAGACCUCGGUCACACGGCAGGCGGACUUCGUUCAGACCCCCAUCACCGGCAUUUUCGGUGGACACAUCAGGUCUGUGGUUUACCAGCAGAGUUCAAAGGAAUCUGCCACACUACAGCCAUUCUUCACGCUGCAAUUAGACAUCCAGUCCGACAAGAUACGCACAGUCCAGGAUGCGCUGGAGAGCUUGGUUGCAAGAGAGUCUGUCCAAGGUUACAGCACAAAAACUAGACAAGAGGUGGAGAUCAGUCGGAGAGUAACACUGGAAAAGCUCCCUCCCGUGCUUGUGUUGCACCUCAAACGAUUCGUUUACGAGAAGACAGGUGGCUGUCAGAAGCUUAUCAAAAAUAUCGAAUAUCCCGUGGACUUAGAAAUUAGCAAAGAGCUGCUUUCUCCAGGCGUCAAGAAUAAGAACUUUAAAUGCCACAGAACAUAUAGGCUAUUUGCAGUGGUCUACCACCACGGGAACAGCGCCACAGGCGGCCACUACACCACUGACGUCUUCCAGAUCGGCCUGAACGGCUGGCUCCGCAUCGACGACCAGGUGGUCAAGGUGGUAACACAGUACCAGGUGGUGAAGCCAGCAGCCGAGCGCACAGCCUACCUCCUGUACUACCGCCGCGUGGACUUGCUCUAG